AUGAAUAAGGCAUAUCCGAAGGAUAACUUCCCACUGCCACACAUCGAUCGAUUAGUCAAAGCAACGGAAGGGAACAAACUCUUAUCCUUUAUGGACGCAUUCUCCAGGUAUAAUCAAAUCAUGAUGAACCCUGACGAUCAAGAGAAAACCGCAUUCAUUACUGACCGCGGCACUUACUGCUACAGAGUGAUGCCGUUCAGUCUUAAGAAUUCUGGCGCAACUUAUCAACGACUCGUCAACCGUAUGUUCUCUGAACAACUCGGAAACACAAUGGAGGUGUACAUUGAUGACAUGCUCGUGAAAUCCCUCGAAGAGCAGGAUCAUAUCACUCACCUCCAAGAGUGCGUUGAAAGGCUAAACAUGCACAAUAUGAAACUUAACCCCACAAAGUGUCGGUUCGUACUAGCAUCGGGAGAAUUCCUGGGGUACCUCGUCAACUUCCGCGCAAUCGAGGCCAGCCCUAAACAGAUCACCGCUAAUGGCAUCCCUGAGAAUGAAGCGAGAGAUAAGUGUUUUCCUUUCUACGACACCCUGAAGGGGAAUAAGAAAUUCGAGUGGACCGAACAGUGUGAAAAAGCGUUCCAACAGCUGAAACACUACUUGGCCACUCCCCCAGUGCUCACAAAACCCGUAGAAGGAGAACUACUAUUCAUGUACAUCGCCGACGGGAAACUCCCAGCAGAAAAAUGGGCAGCCCGAAAGAUUAAGACCCAAUCCGCGCGAUACGUCUUGGUCGACGAAGAACUCUACAAGUGGAGAUUUUUCGGGCCACUCAUGACCUGCGUAGAAGGAGAGAAAGCACGAAGGAUAAUGGAAGAAGUCCACUUUGGAUCACGCGGAAACCAUUCUGGCGGAAGAUCCCUCGCAGUCAAAAUCAAACGCCGCAGACAUUAUUGGCCAACGAUGAUCAAAGAUUGCGAGAACUUUGCGCGAAAAUGCGAAAAAUGCCAGAGGCAUGCUCCUACUAUCCAUCAGCCGACAGAGGUUCUCUCGUCGAUAUUGGCAUUAUAUUCGUUCAUGCGAUGGUCGAUGGACAUAGUCGGACCCAUGCACAGGUCAAAGCAAAAACGAUUCUUGUUAGUUUUGACAGAUUUCUUCUCAAAAUGGGUCGAAGCUGACUCCUAUGCAAGCAUCGAAGACGCCCAAGUCGAAAGCUUCGUGUGGAGAAACAUCGUCUGCAGACAUGGUGUCCCAUACGAAAUCGUAACGGACAAUGGAUCCCAAUUUAUUUCAACCAAAUUCGAGGCUUUCUGCGAAAAGUGGAAGAUACGACUGACCAAAUCGACUCCUAGGUACACACAAUGCAACGGUCAAGCCGAAACAAUUAACAAGACCAUCCUCGAUGGGCUUAAGAAACGAUUAGACGCUAAAAAGGGCAGAUGGGACGAAGAUCUCGAAGGAGUCUUAUGCUCACAUCGCACAACUCCGAGACGCGCAACGGGAGAAACUCCGUUCGCUCUCGUUUCCGGAAGCGAAUGUAUAAUCCCAGCGGAAGUCGAAUUUCCGGGAGUACGCAUAAGAUCACUCCCAGGGCGAGAAGAUUCAAAUAAUCUAAUGUUGCUGGAUGAACUCGAUCUAAUCAACGAACGACGGGACCAAGCCCUUAUACGAAUUCAAAACUAUCAACAGGCAGCUGCAAAGUACUACAACACUAACGUACACAGCCACAAUUCAAAGAAGGCGACUUAG